AUUCGUCCCUUCGCUCGGUGCUGUCUCCGGAACAUCUGUCUUUUGUUUUUCUUCUUCCUACAUGAGUUCUGUCUCCUCUCUUCUAUGCUUCUAUAGUUUUACCUCGUACUUCUGUGUUUCGACUGUGUACGACGGAGAAGCUAAAUUGGUUGAAUUUUUGCUUUCAUGGAUCAAACUAACAUUGGAACAAUAAACAAAACCGAUUCUUUUCGCGAAACUCUUCUGGGUUUCUUGGGUAGACGUUGCGAUCAUAUGCCCGCUUACUGUAUAUGCCGUCUUCUCCUUCCCGCUAUCUUCCCAGAGGUCUCACCGUAACCGAAAUUCGCAAGUUUAUUCCCCAAUCGUGGAAACACCCACCAAGAGAAGAAGAAACCCACGAUGAAUCAGUUCCGGAUGCUCUUUUCAAAUCACUCGGACAUUUCAUCUCCCAUGGUGAUUUGCACGAAGCUUUCAGAGCUUUCUCCCUCCUUCUCCGUCAGUCUUCUUUGCCUGGUUCUCAUGAAUUCUUUUUGCAAUCAGCUGCUUCCCUUUUAUCGUCCUGCGUGGAGUUCAACGAGUUCGUCCCGGGGCAGCAAAUUCACGCUCAUUGUAUCUCCUCGGGUCUGGAGUUUGACCCCGUUUUGGUCCCAAAGCUGGUUACUUUCUACUCUGCCUUUAAUCUCCUUGACGAGGCUCAGAGCAUCACUGAGAGCUCCGACAUUUCGCAUCCCUUGCCGUGGAAUGUGCUCAUCGGUUCGUAUGUCAGGAACAAACGGUUUGAUGAGGCGGUUGCUGCUUACAAGCGGAUGGUGAGUAAUGGGAUUCGACCAGAUGCUUUUACUUACCCGUCGGUUCUCAAGGCCUGUGGAGCAUUGCUGGAUUUUGCAUCCGGAAGAGUUGUUCAUGGCUCCAUCGAGGUUAGCUCUCACAGGUGCAGCUUGUAUGUCUGCAAUGCCUUGAUAUCUAUGUAUAAAAGAUUUGGUAAAGUCGAUAUCGCUCGGAAAUUGUUUGACGGGAUGUCUGAAAGGGAUGCCGUCUCAUGGAACACAGUGAUUAACUGUUAUGCCUCUCCAGGCAAGUGGGAGGAAGCUCUUAAGCUUUUUGAUAGAAUGGGUCUCUCUGGUGUAGAAGCGUCUGUUGUAACUUGGAACACAUUUGCUGGACGUUAUUUGCAGGCAGGAGACUACGCAGGGGCUUUGCAUCAUGUCGCUAAGAUGAGAAAUCACAAAGGAAGUUUAGAUCCUGUAGCUGUGAUUAAUGGUUUGAAGGCAUGCUCCCAGCUUGGAGCGAUACGGUGGGGAAAAGAAUUUCAUUGCCUUGCAAUCCGUUGUUGUUACACUCGAAUUGACAAUGUUGGAAGUUCGCUGAUCACAAUGUACUCAAGAUGUGGCGAUCUUAGGAACGCCUUAAUAGCGUUUCUGGAGAUUGAAACAAAUAGUUUGAGUACAUGGAAUUCUAUCAUUUCCGGUUAUGCCUACAACGAGAGAUCAGAAGAAACAUCUUUCCUGCUUAAGGAGAUGUUGCUCGCUGGCUUUCACCCAAAUCAUGUUACGCUUGCAAGCAUUCUAGCACUUUGUGCUCGGGUGGCAAACCUGCAGCAUGGGAAAGAGAUUAACUGCUACGUCCUGAGGCGGCAAAGCUUCAAAGACUGUUUAAUCCUGUGGAACUCCCUCGUUGAUAUGUAUGCGAAAUGUGGGAAAAUCGUCGCUGCAAAUCGGGUAUAUGAUUCGAUGACCAAAAGGGACAAAGUGACAUACACGUCCUUGAUAUAUGGAUAUGGCAUACUUGGUGAAGGAGAAGUCGCAUUGGCAUGGUUCAACGAUAUGAUCAGAUCCGGUAUCAACCCUGAUCAUGUAACUAUGGUUGCAGUUUUAUCAGCUUGUAGCCAUUCCAAUUUAUUGCGUAAAGGACAAAGCAUGUUUGAGAAGAUGCAGCAUGUGCUUGGUAUACCCCCUCGCCUUGAACACUAUUCUUGUAUGGUUGAUCUCUAUUGCAGAGCAGGUGACCUGGCUAGAGCGAGAAAUAUAAUCCGUAGAAUACCUGAGGAGCCAUCUCGUGCUAUGUGUGCUACUCUAAUAAUAGCUUGCUUGAACCACGGGAACAAAGACAUUGGUGAAUGGGCUGCAGAUAAGCUACUCCUGGAGAUGAAGCCAGAGAACUUUAGGCACUAUCUGUUGAUUGCAGAGAUGUGUAGAGUUAGUGGUUCUUGGAGCAAUCUUGCAAAGGUGAAGGAGACUUUGAUGAGUUUGCAAAAGGCUCAUGAGUUUGCUUUGGUGGAUACAGAUAGUGGGUCAGAUGGAUUGAAUAAGCCAAUGAUCGAUACUGUUGGUUUGUCUUGCAUCAGUCAAGAGCAAAGUUCAGAUGAGGAACGUCUUGUAGAAAUAGGAUAAAUAUGUUAUUUGACCCCUUCUUUUUCUGAGGAUACAGCAUCAUCAAUUUGUUGAUUGUAUACAUAAUCUCUAUCAAAAAGAAGUUUUACAUUU